UGCAUGGGUAAUUUUUUACAACAUUAACACUUCUGUUCCAACUUUUCCCUUCCUUCCCUCCAUCCCCUCGCCUAGAUGGCAGGCAGUCUUAUACAUGUUAAAUAUAUUAUAGUAUAUCUUAGGUACAAUAUGUGUGUGCAGAACCGUACAAUUCUCUAUUUCCCCAUUUCUUAAAUCUAAUGUUCAUACUGAAAUUUGAGCAAGAGCCAUUUGGAGCUGGCUCCAGCAUACUCUCGCAUUCUUUGGGCUCCUUUUUCAGAACAAAGUUUUUCAAGGCAUAAAAUAAAAUAUAUAGGAUUGGAAAGGGAACUAAUUAUCUUGAUAUAUAUAAAUAUUAUUCACAGAUAUUAUAUACAUUUUAAAAUUAUAUAUAGAGAGAGACACAAACACAUGCACACACAUCGAGUUCAUGGAUCCCAAGGGAAACCCCUGCCUCAGAUAGGAAUUAAAAUUUUUUUUCAAUAUUAUUUUAUUUUUCCAAAUUCACAUAAAAAUAGUUUUCAACAUUCGAUUUUGUAUGACUGUGUUUCAGGCUUUUCUCCCUCUCCCCUCCCCAAGACAGCGAGCAAUUUGAUAUAUGUUAAACAUGCACUUCAGACAUGUAUUAUUUUCAUCAUCAUCAUAGUACGGGCACUUGCAUAAUAACAUUUUAAGGUGUGCAAAACGCUUUACAAAUGUUAUCUGAAUUUAUCCUUACAAUAUCCCUGAAAAGUGUUAUUAUUAUUCCCAUUUGACGGAUGAAAAAACUGAGACUGAGAGAAAUGAAAUAAUUUGCUCCGAUCGCGUAGUCAACUGGAUUUGAAGGUGGGUUUUCCUUUCUCCUGACCCAGAGCUCCAGCCACUGCGUCACUUUCUCCCGACUCGGUGCGGAGGGACUGAAGGGCCUCCGAAGUCCCUAGCUUCCUGGGGCCGGAGUAGGGCAGCAACUUCACCCGGGACGGGGAGCCGGAUCAGGGGGAGGAGAGGAGCUCUUUGCGCGCGCGCGUACCGGACUGCCCGCAGAGGGCAGCACCGCCAGUCAGCGGGGCUCGGCUCCUCCUCCAAAGCCUCGGGCCCGGAGUCCCGCUGCAAAGCGGCGCUGACUUAGGAGACAAAGCCACACCCAGCCCUCUGCGGCUGGUGAGCUGGUGGUGCUCUUCCCCCUUCGGGUGAAUCAGCCCCAUCUGCACGCAAGCUAGCCGCCCCAGCUCCGAGCCAGCGUGGUGCUCCCCUGCUCCUCCCGCCUGCAGCCUCCUUCUCCUCCUGGGCUCCCCCCGCGCUCUCCGAACCCCAGUCUCCCAGGCCGUGGCAGCAGCCCAGGACCGGAGCCAUGUCGGGCAUCGCAGCCAAAGUGGUGAGAGAUCGGGAGGCAGCUGCCGGCCUGGGCUCUCACGAGCUGGCAGUCAAAUACCUCAACCAGGACUACGAGGCUCUCCUCAGCGAAUGCCUUGAGCAGGGCACACUCUUUGAGGACCCUAUGUUCCCGGCGAUCGGAUCUUCCCUGGGGUUCAAGGAACUGGGACCGUACUCGAGCAAAACUCAGGGCGUCGUCUGGAAAAGACCCACGGAGAUCUGCUCUGAUCCCCAGUUUAUUGUUGAAGGAGCAACUCGCACAGACAUCUGUCAAGGAGCCCUGGGUGACUGCUGGUUGCUGGCAGCCAUUGCUUCCCUUACCCUAAAUGAAGAAAUCCUGGCCAGGGUGGUUCCUAAAAACCAAAGCUUCCAAGAAAACUAUGCUGGAAUCUUCCAUUUUCAGUUCUGGCAAUAUGGUGAAUGGGUAGAUGUGGUGAUCGAUGACAGGCUACCCACAAAGAAUGAUGAGCUUCUCUUUGUCCACUCGGCUGAAGGAAGCGAAUUCUGGAGUGCCCUCUUGGAGAAAGCCUAUGCCAAGGUCAAUGGAUGUUAUGAAGCUCUCUCAGGAGGGGCUACCACAGAGGGCUUUGAAGACUUCACUGGUGGGAUAGCUGAGUGGUAUGAGCUGAAGAAAGCCCCUGACAAUUUGUUUCUCAUCAUCCAGAAGGCCCUGCAGAAGGGUUCUCUCCUUGGCUGUUCCAUUGAUAUCACAAGUGCUGCAGACUCAGAAGCGGUAACUUUCCAGAAGCUGGUGAAAGGACACGCUUACUCAGUUACUGGAGCAGAAGAGGUGGAGUUCAGAGGAAGCCUGCAGAAGCUGAUUCGCAUCCGAAACCCCUGGGGAGAAGUUGAAUGGACUGGAAAGUGGAGUGACAACUGCCCUAACUGGAACAGCAUAGACCCCGAUGAGAGGGAGAGGCUAACCAGGAAAUUUGAAGAUGGAGAAUUCUGGAUGUCUUUCAGUGACUUCCUGAGACACUAUUCCCGCCUAGAGAUCUGCAACCUGACCCCAGACACAUUAAUCAGUGAUACCUACAAGAAAUGGAGACUCACCAAGAUGGAUGGGACCUGGAGGCGGGGUUCUACGGCAGGGGGCUGCAGGAACUAUCCAAACACUUUCUGGAUGAACCCCCAGUACAUGAUCAAGCUGGAAGAAGAGGAUGAGGAUUCUGAUGGCUCUGAGCCAGGAUGCACCUUCCUAGUGGGUCUCAUCCAGAAACACCGACGACGCCAAAGGAAAAUGGGAGAGGAUAUGCACACUAUUGGCUUUGGUAUCUACGAGGUUCCUGAGGAGUUUUCUGGUCGGACCAACUUACACCUCCCCAAAAACUUCUUUCUGACGACCAGAGCAAGGGAGAGGUCGGACACAUUCAUCAAUCUCCGAGAAGUGUUGAAUCGCUUCAAGCUGCCCGCUGGAGAAUACGUCAUCGUGCCUUCUACUUUUGAACCCCACAAGAAUGGGGAUUUCUGCCUUCGAGUCUUUUCAGAGAAGAAAACUGAUUCUCAAAUUGUCGAUGAUGAAAUUGAGGCUGAGCUGGACGAGAAUGAUGUUGAUGAAGAUAGCAUUGAGGACAAUUUCAGGAAACUGUUUGCUCAACUGGCAGGAGAGGAUGCAGAGAUUUCUGCCUUUGAGCUGCAGACUAUCCUGAGAAGAGUCCUAGCAAAACGUCCAGAUAUCAAGUCGGAUGGCUUCAGUAUCGAGACUUGCAAGAUCAUGGUUGACAUGCUGGAUGCUGAUGGGAGUGGUAAACUGGGUCUGAAGGAAUUCUACCUUCUCUGGUCAAAAAUACAAAAAUAUCAGAGAAUUUACAAGGAGAUGGACAUUGAUAAGUCCGGAACCAUGAAUGCCUAUGAGAUGCGUAAAGCAUUAGAAGAAGCAGGUUUUAAGCUACCCUAUCAGCUCCAUCAGGUCAUUGUGGCUCGGUUCGCGGAUGACGAUCUCAUCAUCGACUUCGAUAACUUUGUUCGGUGCUUAGUUCGACUGGAAACACUGUUCAAGAUAUUUAAGCAGUUGGACCCUGAGAACACCGGAACGAUAGAACUCAAUAUUACCAGUUGGCUGUGUUUUUCAGUCCUUUGAUGUAACAACUGAUCCUACUGAAGACUUCCUAUGAAAUUACGAUCACCUGAAGACUAAUCUUCCAUAAAAGAAACACUAUGUCCUACUUUUGAUCCAUACCUUGAGUUUAUGAAUAGCAACUAUUUGAACUAAUUAUUAGGACUGACAAAAAGUAGCAUUGUCAGAAGAGAUCAAAAUUUCCAGAUGCCCAAAGCAACUGAUCUGUAGUCUCAUUACAUUAUAUACAAAAAGUAUAGUUUAGCUCUUUGCAACCUAAAUGAAAGCUUUAAUUUUGUAAAUAAGACAUGCCUUUUUUUUUUUUUACAUAUUUACAUACAUAUAACAAUAUUAAGAAAAAUGCAGGAAAAACCCAAAAUACCUAUGCAAACAUGAGGCUACUUUUUAAGGAAUCUUAACCCCUCAUUGUGCAGUAAAUAUUUACAUUUGCAAAUUUAACUGACAUCCUAGAAAUGUCGAUGAGGUCACCAUUUUAUUUAAAUAAGGUGGAAAAUAUAACACAUGUCAGAAAGUCCAUGUGGUACAAAGGAAAGAGCACGGGAUUUGAUGUCAUAAGACCUGUAUCCAUAACUAUCUUAUCUGAUAUUACUUUGGGCAAAAUACUUCACUCUCUGUAUCUCAGUAUCACAAUUAUAAAAUGAGACUGGAUUAGACUGCAUCAAAAGUCCCUUUCUCUAAACCCCAUAAAUAAUCUGACAUAAAACAUUUAAAGAUUUGAGAUGGGAAAAGACAACUUAGGUAAUGGAUCCUUGGACAAGUCAGUUUAUCUGAGCCUUGGUUUCCUCAUCUAUAAAAAGAGGGGGUUGGUCUGGGUGAUACUAAGGUCAUUAAUGGCUCCAAAUCCUUUGAUUUUGCUUCUAUCCUUCAAGUCCUUUGAGCUAAGCAAUCCUGAAAAUGGCAAAUCAUUAUCUUUAACCCUAAUAAGUACUAGAGCAGAAUCUAGUCUUCUUAAUGCCAUAUAGAGUGAAGGAUUUAGGUAUUUCAUACUAUGAAUUCCAGCUCUGGACCAUAUAUGAGACUGGGCACCAAAACCAGACUAUCAUGUUUUUAAGUUGAUGAUGACAAAGGAUACAUCAGGCUGCUUGCUGGCUCAAUACUUUGGCAACUAUUGACUCCAAGAAUUCAGUUGGCCUGUUUGUGCAGUUAAGGUCAAAGUCAAUAGCUGUUCAUCAGGAAACAGUUCUAGUUUAUUUCCUAACUUUAUCAUUGAAUAAAUAUAAGCAAUAUUAAAACACAAAAA